UAAGCGAGGGAGAGAGAGAGAGGGAGGCCAAUUAAAGGGGGCACCAGGCGGGAAGCGAGCGAGAGCCGUGGCUGCCAAGAACCAACUCGCGGCAGAACUUGGAUCUUCCUAGGCACCCAGAGGUCCCCAAGCGGGGCUGGAAGCUUGCCCUGCACAGGACUGGUGGAUCCCAUGUGAAAAGCAGGAAACAAAAUGAAGAUUUUUCAGUGCAAGAUGCAGUACUGGCUGUUUCCAGCUUUUUUGGCAAUUGCUUACUUUUGUGCCAUUGUCCAGGGUCAAGUGGCCCCACCCACACGGUUACGAUAUAAUGUAUUAUCUCAUGACAGUAUACAGAUUUCAUGGAAGGCUCCAAGAGGCAAAUUUGGUGGAUACAAACUUCUUGUGUCUCCAGCUUCAGGUGGAAAAACCAAUCAGUUGAAUCUCCAGAACACUGCAACUAAAGCAAUUAUUCAAGGUCUUAUGCCAGACCAGAAUUACACUGUUCAACUUAUUGCAUACAAUAAAGACAAAGAGAGCAAGCCGGCCCAAGGUCAAUUCAGAAUUAAAGAUUUGGAAAAAAGAAAGGAUCCAAAACCCAGGGUCAAGGUGGACAAAGGAAAUGGUAAUAAACCAUCUGUACCAGAAGAAGUGAAAUUCUUCUGUGAAACCCCAGCUAUUGCUGAUAUCGUCAUCCUGGUGGACGGUUCGUGGAGUAUCGGAAGGUUCAACUUCAGACUGGUUCGGCUUUUCUUGGAAAACCUGGUUACGGCAUUCGAUGUGGGCUCAGAGAAGACUCGAAUUGGCCUCGCACAGUAUAGCGGGGACCCCAGAAUAGAAUGGCACUUGAACGCCUUUAGCACGAAGGACGAGGUGAUCGAAGCUGUCCGAAACCUACCGUACAAGGGAGGCAAUACGCUAACAGGCCUUGCUUUGAACUACAUUUUUGAAAAUAGCUUUAAGCCAGAAGCAGGAGCAAGGACCGGAGUAUCCAAAAUUGGCAUUUUAAUCACAGAUGGAAAGUCCCAGGAUGAUAUUAUCCCACCCUCCAGGAACCUUCGUGAAUCUGGCGUGGAACUGUUUGCCAUAGGGGUGAAGAACGCGGACGAGAACGAGCUGCAGGAGAUCGCCUCGGAGCCCGACAGCACUCACGUGUACAACGUCGCCGAGUUCGACCUGAUGCACACGGUGGUGGAGAGCCUGACGCGGACCGUCUGCCUCCGCGUGGAAGAACAGGACCGGGAGAUCAAAGCCUUAGCCCUCGCCACCAUUGGGCCGCCUACGGAGUUGAUUACUUCUGAAGUCACUGCCAGAAGCUUUAUGGUUAACUGGACUCAUGCCCCAGGGAACGUGGAGAAAUACAGAGUCGUGUAUUAUCCUACCAGGGGCGGCAAACCAGAUGAGGUGGUGGUGGAUGGAAGUGUAACUUCCACAGUGCUGAGAAACUUGAUGUCUUUAACGGAGUAUCAGGUGGCGGUCUUUGCAAUUUAUUCUCACACCGCUAGCGAAGGCCUGCGGGGAACCGAAACCACACUUGCCUUACCCAUAGCUUCCAACCUCGAACUGUACGACGUGACCGAGAACAGCCUGCGGGCAAGGUGGAGUGCAGUGGCCGGGGCGUCGGGCUACCUGAUCCUCUACGCCCCUCUCACGGAGGGCCUGGCCGGGGACGAGAAAGAGAUGAAAAUUGGACAGACCCACACCGAUAUUGAACUGAGUGGGCUGCUGCCCAACACGGAGUACACAGUAACAGUGUAUGCUAUGUUUGGAGAAGAGGCCAGCGAUCCCGUUUCAGGACAAGAAACAACAUUGCCCUUAAGUCCACCAAGAAACCUGAGAAUCUCCAAUGUUGGCUCCAACAGUGCCCGGAUAGCCUGGGACCCCACUUCAAGACAGGUCACAGGUUAUAGAAUUGUAUAUAACAACGCAGAUGGGACUGAAAUUAACGAGGUUGAAGUCGAUCCUAUCACUACAUUCCCCCUGAAGGGCCUGACCCCCCUCACUGAGUACACUAUUGCCAUCUCCUCCCUGUAUGAGGAAGGGCAGUCAGAGCCUCUGACCGGCGCGUUUACCACAGAGGAAGUACCAGCCCAGCAAUACCUGGAAAUUGACGAGGUGACAACAGAUGGCUUCAGAGUGACCUGGCAUCCCCUCUCGGCCGACGAAGGGCAGCACAAGCUGAUGUGGAUCCCGGUCUAUGGCGGGAAGACCGAGGAAGUUGUCCUAAAAGAGGACCAAGACUCCCACGUGAUUAAGGGCCUGGAUCCGGGCACCGAGUACGAAGUCUCCCUGUUGGCUAUCCUGGAUGAUGGCAGCGAGAGUGAGGUGGUGACCGCUGUCGGGACCACACUUGACGGUGUUUGGACAGAGCCAGCUACGACCAUAGUACCUACCAGACCUGUAACAUCAGUUUUCCAGACAGGAAUCAGAAACCUGGUUGUAGAUGAGGAAACCACCUCUAGCCUGCGGGUAAAAUGGGACAUUUCGGACAGCAGCGUGCAGCAGUUCAGGGUGACCUACCUGACUGCUCAAGGGGACCCCGAGGAAGAAGUGGUAGGAACGGUCAUGGUGCCCGGAAGCCAGAACAAUGUCCUUCUGAAGGCUCUGCUCUCGGAUACUGAAUACAAAGUCACAGUGACGCCCAUCUACGGAGACGGAGAAGGCGUCAGUGUCUCGGCCCCCGGAAAAACCUUGCCACCCUCGGGUCCCCAGAACUUACGGGUCUCAGAAGAAUGGUACAACAGUUUGCGUAUUACGUGGGAUCCCCCAUCUUCGCCGGUAAAGGGCUACAGGAUUGUCUACAAACCUGUUAGUGUUGCCGGCCCAACCCUGGAAACGUUUGUGGCAGCUAACGUUAACACCAUUCUUAUCACGAACCUUCUCAGCGGAAUGGACUACAACGUGAAGAUCUUUGCGUCCCAGGCCUCAGGCUUCAGCGACGCCCUGACAGGCGUGGUGAAAACACUGUUUUUGGGUGUGACCGACCUUCAAGCAGACCAGAUUCAAAUGACCAGCAUGUGUGCUCACUGGCAGGUGCAGCGUCACGCCACUGCCUACAGAAUAGUCAUAGAAUCCGUCCAGGAUGCAAAAAAGCAAGAGUCUACGGUGGGUGGAGGGACAAGCAGGCAUUGCUUCUAUGGACUUCAGCCCGCUUCACAAUAUAAAAUCAGUGUUUACUCGAAGGUCCAGGAGAUUGAGGGACCCAGCGUGAGCAUAGUGGAGAGAACACAAUCGCUUCCGACUCAGCCACCUACUUUCCCUCCAACCAUUCCGCCAGCAAAAGAAGUGUGUAAAACUGCCAAGGCAGACCUGGUGUUUAUGGUGGAUGGAUCCUGGAGUAUUGGAGACGAAAAUUUCAUCAAGAUCACUGACUUUCUGUACAACACCGUUGGAGCCCUGAACAAGAUCGGUGCAGAUGGAACUCAGGUUGCCAUGGUUCAGUUUACUGAUGAUCCCAGAACGGAAUUUAAGUUAAACACGUACAAAACCAAAGAAACUCUUCUUGAUGCAAUUAAACACGUUUCGUACAAAGGAGGGAAUACAAAAACAGGAAAAGCAAUUAAACAUGUCCGAGAUACCUUGUUUAACUCACAGUCGGGUACCAGAAGAGGCAUCCCCAAGGUCAUUGUGGUUAUAACUGAUGGACGAUCACAAGAUGACGUGAACAAAAUCUCCAUGGAGAUGCAAUCAGAAGGCUACAGCAUUUUUGCCAUCGGCGUGGCCGACGCGGAUUACUCCGAGUUGGUUAGCAUCGGCAGCAAGCCCACCGCACGGCACGUCUUCUUCGUGGAUGACUUUGACGCCUUCAAGAAAAUUGAAGAUGAGUUGAUUACUUUUGUCUGCGAAACCGCAUCAGCAACCUGCCCGCUGGUGCACAAGGAUGGCGUUGAUCUUGCCGGGUUUAAGAUGAUGGAAAUGUUUGGUCUGGUUGAGAAGGAUUUCUCGUCAGUGGAAGGGGUUUCGAUGGAGCCCGGCACCUUCAAUGUGUACCCUUGUUAUCGACUACAUCAGGAUGCCCUGGUUUCCCAGCCAACCAAGCACUUGCAUCCAGAAGGAUUGCCUUCUGAUUACACAAUCAGUUUUCUGUUCCGAAUUCUUCCUGACACUCCAGAGGAGCCAUUUGCUCUUUGGGAGAUUUUAAAUAAAAAUUCAGAUCCAUUAGUUGGAGUUAUUUUAGAUAAUGGUGGGAAAACCCUAACAUAUUUCAACUAUGACCACAGUGGAGAUUUUCAAACUGUUACUUUCGAAGGACCUGAAAUUAGGAAAAUUUUCUAUGGAAGCUUCCACAAGCUACACAUUGCUGUCAACAAAACUUUGGCCAAAGUGGUUAUUGACUGCAAGCAAGUGGGUGCGAAGGCGAUCAAUGAAUCGGCUAACAUCACGGUGGACGGGGUGGAAGUCCUCGGAAGGAUGGUGAGGUCGAGAGGGCCGAACGGAAACUCUGCACCAUUCCAGUUACAGAUGUUCGACAUCGUCUGCUCCACAUCGUGGGCCAAUAAAGACAAAUGCUGCGAACUCCCAGGCCUGAGGGAUGAGGAGACCUGCCCAGACCUUCCCCAUUCCUGCUCCUGUUCUGAAGCCAGCAAAGGCGCCCUGGGACCAGCAGGCCCCCCAGGUGGUCCAGGACUCAGAGGACCAAAGGGCCAGCAAGGUGAACAGGGUCCAAAGGGACCGGAAGGUCCUCGGGGUGAAACUGGCCCUCCAGGACCUCAGGGUCCCCCUGGACCACAAGGACCAAGUGGUCUGUCUAUUCAAGGAAUGCCUGGAAUGCCAGGCGAAAAAGGGGAGAAAGGAGAGACUGGCUCACCUGGUCCGCAGGGCUUCCCAGGAGGUGUCGGCUCACCAGGACGCGAUGGCUCUCCAGGCCAGAGGGGCUUUCCUGGAAAGGACGGGGCCUCUGGCCCUCCAGGACCACCAGGGCCAAUUGGCAUACCCGGAGCCCCCGGAGUCCCAGGGAUCACCGGGAGCGUAGGACCCCAAGGCGCCCUGGGACCACCUGGCGUUCCUGGCGCAAAGGGAGAGCGAGGAGAGCGGGGUGACCUGCAGUCUCAAGCCAUGGUGAGGGCGGUGGCACGUCAGGUGUGCGAACAGCUCAUCCAGAGUCACAUGGCCAGGUACACAGCCAUCCUCAACCAGAUUCCCAGCCACUCCUCAUCAAUCCGGACCAUCCAAGGACCUCCCGGGGAGCCAGGGAGACCGGGCCCUCCUGGAACCCCUGGGGAGCAAGGGCCCCCAGGUACCCCAGGCUUCCCAGGAAAUGCAGGUGUACCAGGGAAUCCAGGAGAACGAGGUCUAACUGGUAUCAAGGGAGAAAAAGGAAAUCCAGGCAUUGGAAGCCAAGGGCCAAGAGGACCCCCUGGGCCAGCAGGACCUGCUGGGGAGAGUCGGCAAGGAAGCCCAGGACCCCCUGGCUCCCCUGGACCACGAGGUCCCCCAGGUCACCUGGGGGUGCCUGGACCCCAAGGUCCUUCCGGCCAGCCUGGAUACUGCGACCCCUCUUCGUGUUCUGCCUAUGGGGUGGGAGAUCUGAUCCCUUACAAUGAUUACCAGCACUGAAGGGGAACUCCUCCACUCUGAUGACAUUGGCCUGGGAAAUUGGCUAUGGAUACAGAAUUGUCCUGUUGACCACCACCGCCCCGCCCCCCGCCCCUAACAACGGGCACUCUGCUUCCCUGCCUCACCUGCUUCCCUUCUGCCCACUGUCACGUCUCUGGCCUUCCAUGCUCCCGGCGCACACACAGUGUUAAUACGGGAACUCAACCAAAUGCCCUGUCGAUUAUAAUAGAAACUGACUGCUCCAUUGUCGGCUUGGAUAUAGGUAUAUGAUUGUGUACCAAGAAUUUCUCCCAAACUCCCCUGUGUGAAGGCUGCAAAAUUAAGUUACUUGUAUGUGCCUUCUCCUCUAUCCUGUCCCCACACAAGAUGAAUGGGCAUCUUCCUCCCUGACCACCCUACUCCAUUCUUCCUCCUAGCACCUAACCUCCCUACUGCCCCCUGGUGGUGGACUCCUAACAUGAGAUGGGUUUUUAAAUUUUAUUUUUCAUAAUUGUGCUGAGUUUUCAGGGUUCCUUUUGUAAAUAAAACACAUACUAUUUAAUCGUUUGGCUGUUACUCUACUUUUCUAACCAUGUCUGUAACGUAUCUGUCCCUUUCUUCUUUGACUAACCGUCCGAAACUUCCGGGGAAAGGAACAAGCCGUGUGGUGGGUAAAGGUCGCUGCCGCUUUCUACCCAAGCAGGAUACCUCUGUACUGUAACGAUCAAACCUACGUCUCUGCGGACCCGCAUGAGGGGAGAAUGUCAGUUCAUGGUUUCUGGGUCCUAUCGAGUCCCCACCCCCACUCUUCCUCUCUAGCGCCCCAUCCUGACCAGCCGGAAUUCACUCCCGUCCAAGACGAGCUGGAAGCGAUGGAACUGUGGGGCUCUGGGAUCUGAUCGCCCGGUGAGGAACUGGAAGACCGGCUGCGGGAACACUUCAGGGACCUUAUUCAAGCAGAAUGUCGUUAUGUGGUUUGUAUACUACCUUUUAGGGGCAUGUCCUCCUUGGAUACUGUUAUUAUGGACCAAAAAAGUAUAUUUUUAAAAAAAUCCCCUUUACCUAGGACACCAUAGGGUUGAUUUUCUUUGUUGUUUUAAUGAUGUGCCAGAUUAUUUGUUUGUUUGUUUGUUUGUUUUCCAAAGAAGAGUGCUCAGAGAAAAAUUGGCAAAACAAAAUUGAACGUGGAGUCUUUUCCGUGUUAGAUUAUCUCGAGUCCUAAAAUGCAACAAGGCAGAUGAGAUUGCAUGCAAGUGCCCUAGCAGAAUAAGAAUUUAAAGAGAUUCAAUAUGCCAUUUACCCCUAGCCUUGCUGGAAAGAAAGGGAGAUAUUAUUGGAGAAACUGCCUCUUGCUUAAUUGACGUGUCCGCCUCUGAGGUAACUCGUUUCUCUGCUGUCCAAGAACAUGUGCUAUAAGAAAUCCUUUCUGAAUUUGGUGAUAUUGAAAAAUAGAUUUAAUGUUGCAGUGGUUUUUGACGUGUACAAGAAUGACUUUCCACCAGUUCUAGCACAAACAGACCCCAUUUUGAUGAACAACUUAAAGUAUUUCCAAGGCUUGCCCUCCUUAUCUCCAUGGCUCACUUUGUACGUGCAGAUAAGUUUUUGCAAACCCAUUUGCAUUCUCUUUUGUAAGCAAAUAAAAAUGUAAAACAACA